UAAUCCCUCCCAACUCACCAAGGGCAAUUUUGUCAUUCACCAAACUAUUCCUCACUAUAAAAGCCACCAUCUCCUCCUCAAUCAACUUUAGCUCCAACGCCAUCCAAUAGAAAACAGAAAGAGAGAAAGAGAACACUCCCUCCUCCAUCUCUCCGGCCGCCGGAAUCUCAAGAUUCCGACCAAAUAUCUCAAUACAAAGCUCUCAAUCCAUCAAUUGAUCUGAAUAACCUUAGGAUUACCGUGGUGGUGGUUCAUGAUGGGGUUUUCCUUGUUUCCGAUGAAGACAUCCACAAGGCUUCUGUGGAGUACGAGCUUCUUCCGUCACAAGAUUUUCUUCUUCUUCUAAGCAAACAUCCAUUCUUAAAUAAAGAGAGAGUAUACAUAUAUAUAGCUCUAUAAGUUUGUGAUACUAGGUUUCGAGAACCAAAGAUCUUGCAGUGGUUUGGUCUGGUCUGAGACAUAGCAAGUCAUGGAUUCAGGCCGUUUGAUUUUCGAUUCUUCUUCUUCCCACCGUGGUCACAUGCUCAUCCUUGGCGGAUCGGGGAACUCGAUCUUCCGAGGGUCGAGAUCGUUGCUUGGAAUGGAGGACGGUGUCAGCAAGCGCCGGCCCUUCUUCACCUCUCCAGAAGAGCUUCUGGAGGAAGAGUACUACGAUGAGCAACUUCCCGAGAAGAAGCGCCGCCUCACUCCCGAACAGGUACACAUGCUGGAGAGGAGUUUUGAGGCGGAGAACAAGCUGGAGCCAGAGCGCAAGAGCGAGCUGGCAAAGAAGCUCGGGCUGCAACCGAGGCAGGUGGCCAUCUGGUUCCAGAACAGGCGUGCUCGCUGGAAGACCAAGCAGCUCGAGAGGGACUUUGACCGACUGAAAGCGGCCUAUGAUUCCCUCUUGGCUGAUCAUGACUCCCUCCUCAAGGACAAUGAUCGGCUUCGCUCUCAGGUAUAUAUUUAUAGAGCAAAGUCUAGAUGCUAUGUUUUUUUGUUGAACCAUUAACAAUAUAACUUCAAAUCUUCAAAAAAAUGCUAUAGACUACCAGAAAAUCACACUUGAGAAGAGGGGAUGAGAGAAUAUAUAGUCAUGUAAAGUAUAUAAGGACAAACAUGUCGAAAACAUGUCAUCUGCAUAUCACAUGUUAAUUUAUAGUACUGUUUGUCAGUCAUGGUAGUUUAACGAAACUAAUAAAUGAUAUUUUUCUCUAAUAAAAAUAGUUCGUGAUACUUUUUUUAAUCAAAUUGGUAAUAUUUUACACAAUAGUUUCAUGAAGCUUACCGAUGUUUAUUAAUACCAUCUAAUUGUAAGUAUGCAUAUGCUCGAACUCUGAGAAUAUAGAGCUGGCUGACCCACUGCCACCCUUUAGAAAUCAGAGUAGAACUUCUUGGGUAAGACCUUGUGAUAGUUAAUUGCAAUUACAUGACACCUUCCAAUAGCUAAGUUAUAAUUUUUUUUUUAAAUAUUUUUCCUAUAAACAAAAGGAUAUUAUUCUUGUUGAUGCGUAAGUACACUGCAAGUUCUGUACUGAGCCAAUACUUCUACUUCUUUUUGACUUAUAUAAGGUUCCAUAAUAAAUGGUGAAAUUAUCCUUCGCCUAUAGUUGUCUAGUACUGGACCACGCUCUGAAGCUCUAAUAAAAGGACAGGUAAAUAUUUAAAGGCCAGACAGUGUAAAUAUUUGGACAAAUUUUCAAUUUAGACCUCUUUAGAAACUUAUUUGCAAAAAA